AUGUCUCGAAGACCAUCCAGAAAUACGUCUGUUGUUUCCUCGAGGAGUGCAUAUAUUCCCCAGCCUGAGGAGUUGGUCUUGCCUGGCGGUUCAGUCGGUGAACAAGCUACUGAAAUACCGCAUGGUAUGGCGCACCCACCUCCACAGUCAGAACGCAUACUCGUGGAUCAGGGCGGGUCGUUCCAGCUUGACCGAGAGGACGAAGCACACGACGAAGAAGUCACAGCGUGGAAAGUACUGCCGUGGUGGAAACGGCCGUCGCCCUACUGGCUGGUAUUUGGCAUGCCUGUGGCAUCGUUAGGGUUCUCUGCAACCAUCGCUCCUCGGGUGGAGAUGUACACUAAUCUCGCAUGUCGUGUUCAUGCGCCUGAGUUACAGUAUGGACCGAACGACAUGUUAGAUCUAGCUCAGCCACUUUCAACGUUAUCCAUGAACACGGCGAUGAUUCUGCAUGGAUUUAAUCUCGAUGGACCCAGUGCCGCAUCCGUGUCUACUCAAUCUGCGUCUCUGUAUGUUCCUGCAAAUACAGGCCCCCAACAGGAACAUGUUCCCGAUCGCAAUCAAUGCGCGUCCGACCCAGUUGUGCAAGCUACCGUUGCGAAAUUGUCUGCAGUUCUGCACACCACAACGGGUAUUCUGAGCUGCUUUACAACCGCUUGGUGGGGUUCGCUCUCAGACCGGUUUGGCCGAACAUCAGUUAUGGGCAUCUCGAUGCUUGGUUUACUGGCCAGUGAUUUGACCUUCAUCGUCACUGCAUUCUUUGUCGAGCGCCUCCCGGGCGGAUACUGGUUUUUGAUGCUCGGUUUUAUAUUGGACGGCAUGGUUGGGGGGAUGACCACUGGCAUUGCUGCAUCAAAUGCCUAUCUCGCCGACAGUACCCAUCAUUCUGAGCGGUCUCGUAUGUUUUCUUUGGCACUGGGCGCCAUGUUUUGCGGUAUAGCCCUCGGUCCUGUCAUUGGAGGCAUCUUAAUUCGGGCUACGGGCUCGGCACUUUCCACUUUCUAUUUAGCUGCGACAGUCCACGCACUGUACUUUGCCUACAUCCUUUUGAUCGUCCCAGAUUCCCUGUCAAAAGCAAGGGCAAUGGGCGCGCAUAAAAGACAACAGGAGGCACUCGGAAGGCGGAACGAUGGUAUUUCAAGGGCUACGGUCGUCUUGAAGAGCGCCAUUUGGUUCUUCAGCCCUCUGGCAGUUCUUCUGCCCGAGCGUGUCAUUGUUGACGGAAACCCGCUCAAACGACCCAAGAGAGAUUGGAGUUUAUGCUUCAUCGCUGCUAGCUAUGUAUUUACGACGUCCCUGAUGGGUCUGGCGACACCAACUUUACAGUAUGCUGCAGGAACUUUCAAAUGGUCUUCAGAAACGAUUAGCUACUACGUCGCUGUCACUGGAGCUAUCCGUGCAUUGUUCCUGGCUGUCAUCUUACCCAUUAUCAUCAAGCAUGUGAAGCCGGCGCCCGUGCAGCUCCCUACUGCCCCAGAUGAGCCACUUCGGGACUUACCGUCUCGGUCCCAUCCAGGUAGGCCGAACGCCGCCAAAACACAAACAUCAUCACCCUCCCAUUCUCCGAAAUUCGAUCUCAAUCUCGCUAGAUUUUCUAUCCUUAUUGACAUUAUCGCGUUCGUGAUAAUGGCUUUUGCUUCUAAUGGUCUCCUCUUCGCCUGCGGGGCUACCCUGCAGUCACUGGGCGCUGGAUACAUGCCUGGUGUCCAGGCAUUCGCGCUUGACGUCUACAGCAGAAGAGGGGGAAAGGGCGAGGCUGGAAAGCUCUUCGGCGCUAUGAGUGUUGUACAAGCUCUCGGUUCUCAGAUCAUGGGCCCCGCAUUGUUUGGGUUGGUGUACUACGAGACCGUCGCGACCUUCCCCGGUGCAAUAUUUUUGUCGACUGUGGCGCUUCUGACGAUUUCUCUCGUGCUCCUCGCACUAGUGCACCCACCUACUUCUGACGAGGAUGAUGCCGAAGGUGCGAGAUUGAACGACGAGAUGCAAGUUCCGGAGAUCCGCGUUACGACAAUGAGGGAGGACACGCUUGUUCACAUUGAUGAGGACGAAGAGCCGAGAGGAAAUGAUGCUCACACAACUCGAGAUAGAUAA